AGGCACUUUCCAUCGCUAUCGCUGACUGCAACACGUGCGCCGUGAUAGUUUUGUUUUUACCUCAAAAUGACCAAAAAACUAGCUCUAAAACGCAAGGGAAAGGAUGCGGAGCCCACAAAUGAAGUGGUGGCCAGUUCCGAGGCUUCCGAAAAUGAGGAGGAGGAGGAGGACCUGCUGCAAGCUGUAAAAGAUCCCGGCGAAGAUUCAACAGAUGACGAGGGCAUAGACCAGGAGUACCACUCCGAUUCCAGCGAGGAACUGCAGUUCGAAAGCGACGAGGAGGGAAACUACUUGGGCAGAAAGCAAUCCUCAUCAGCUGAGGAAGAUGAAGAAAGUAGCGAUGAAGACGAUGAUGAGGAGGAGGGAAGCAGUGAUGAAGAGGGAGAAGAAGAUGAGGAGAAGGAUUCCAAGUCAAAGCAAGCGGACGAUAAGCCCAGCAGCAGCGGUGCCGCGUCUAAGAAAGCCCCCACAACGGAGCUGUCGAAAAGGGAUACCUCCAAGCCUGAGUAUCAGGAUUCAGAUACCUCUGACGAGGAGGACAUAAGAAAUACUGUGGGCAACAUACCCAUGCACUGGUACGACGAAUACAAACACAUCGGCUACGACUGGGAUGCCAAGAAGAUCAUUAAACCACCACAAGGCGAUCAAAUAGAUGAGUUCCUGCGCAAGAUCGAGGAUCCGGACUUUUGGCGUACCGUCAAGGAUCCACUUACCGGUCAGGAUGUGCGCCUAACGGACGAGGACAUUGCUCUGAUCAAGCGCAUCGUUUCGGGUCGCAUCCCCAACAAGGAUCACGAAGAGUACGAGCCCUGGAUCGAAUGGUUCACCUCGGAGGUGGAAAAGAUGCCCAUCAAGAACGUACCCGACCACAAGCGCUCUUUCCUGCCCUCAGUUUCCGAAAAGAAGCGCGUCUCUCGCAUGGUGCACGCUCUCAAAAUGGGCUGGAUGAAGACCACUGAGGAAGUGGAACGCGAGAAGCAAGCCAAGCGUGGUCCCAAGUUUUAUAUGCUGUGGGAAACGGACACUAGUCGGGAGCACAUGCGCCGCAUCCACGAUCCAGUCUCUGCGCCCAAGCGUGACCUUCCCGGUCAUGCCGAGUCCUACAAUCCUCCGCCAGAGUACCUUUUCGAUGCCAAGGAGACCAAGGAGUGGCUUAAACUUAAGGACGAGCCACACAAGCGCAAGCUGCACUUCAUGCCACAGAAGUUCAAGUCGCUGAGGGAGGUGCCAGCCUACUCGAGGUACCUUCGAGAGCGCUUCCUUCGUUGCCUGGAUCUGUACCUGUGUCCCCGUGCAAAGCGUGUCAAGCUGAACAUCGAUGCCGAGUACCUUAUCCCCAAGUUGCCCUCGCCGCGUGACCUGCAGCCCUUCCCCACGGUGGAAAGUAUGGUUUACCGCGGCCACACCGAUCUGGUGCGGUCUGUUAGUGUGGAGCCCAAGGGAGAGUACCUCGUCUCCGGUUCGGAUGAUAAAACUGUCAAGAUUUGGGAAAUUGCAACGGGACGUUGCAUUCGGACAAUCGAGACAGACGAAGUGGUGCGCUGCGUGGCUUGGUGUCCUAAUCCCAAGUUGUCCAUUAUUGCGGUGGCCACCGGCAAUCGCCUGCUGCUCGUCAAUCCUAAAGUGGGCGACAAGGUGCUGGUAAAGAAGACCGACGAUCUUUUGGCUGAGGCGCCCAGCCAGGAUGUCAUUGAAAGUGAACGCAUCAAGACGGCGGUGCAGUGGUCCAAUGCGGAAGCUGAUGAGCAGGAGAAGGGCGUCCGCGUAGUGAUUACCCACUUCAAACCCAUCCGACAGGUCACAUGGCACGGACGUGGUGACUACUUGGCCACAGUGAUGCCCGAAGGUGCUAACCGCUCGGCUUUAAUUCAUCAGUUGUCCAAGCGGCGCUCACAGAUUCCAUUCUCUAAGAGCAAGGGUCUCAUCCAAUUCGUGCUCUUCCAUCCGGUGAAGCCCUGCUUCUUUGUGGCGACGCAACACAACAUUCGCAUUUAUGAUCUGGUCAAACAAGAGCUUGUCAAGAAGCUGCUGACCAACUCCAAAUGGAUAUCGGGCAUGUCUAUUCAUCCCAAGGGCGACAAUCUGCUGGUGUCCACCUAUGACAAAAAGAUGCUCUGGUUUGAUUUGGAUCUGUCCACAAAGCCCUACCAGACCAUGCGACUCCAUCGCAAUGCAGUUCGCAGUGUGGCUUUCCAUCUCCGGUAUCCGCUCUUUGCUUCUGGCAGCGAUGACCAGGCUGUGAUCGUCUCCCACGGCAUGGUCUAUAAUGACCUGCUCCAGAACCCCUUGAUUGUGCCGCUCAAGAAGCUGCAAACACACGAGAAGCGUGAUGAGUUUGGCGUGCUGGAUGUCAACUGGCAUCCGGUGCAGCCAUGGAUCUUCUCCACGGGCGCUGACAGCACCAUCCGACUAUACACGUAAUCUAGGUGUACAAACCCUAAGCAAGUUGGUUUUAGUUUCCGAAAGUUUUGUGAAAUUUCAAUAGUAAAUAAAAAAUAUAUUAAUUUUUAUGAAAAGAAAAGUAA